AUGCUAGCAAAGCCCUCCAAGGCUUACUCGGACAUUCUUAAUGAUCGGUCGGCAUUCCCUCUCGCGAUUUUUGCAAGGGACGCACCCUCGGUGGUGAAAGCGCAAGUCCUCGCCGGAGGCCGCGGCAAAGGCAAAUUCAACAGCGAUGGCAAAGGCGGGGUGCGCAUCGUAUCCUCACCAAAGGAAGCGUUCGAAAGUGCCUCCAAUAUGCUCGGCUAUAACCUAACCACAAAGCAAACACCUCCCGAAGGCCUCCUAGUGAACAAGCUCUACAUCUACAAGUCCGUCGACAUCGCAGACGAAUUCUACGUAGCCAUCACAUUCGACCGCGACCGAUACAUGCCCGUACUCCUAAUAUCCGACGACGGAGGCGUCAAUAUCGAAUCCAACGCAAGCAGACUCCAACGAUUCUGGUUCAAUUUGUACCACGGCAUAACUCCCGAAAUAACCUCCUACAUCCAAGCCCAAUUCGGGUUCUCGGAUAAGGAAAUGGCGCCAAUCACGCACAUCUUGCACCAGAUGGUGAAAUUAUUCCGAGAAAAAGAUGCUACUUUGCUAGAACUGAAUCCACUCGUGCGCACCCCAGAUCACGAAUUCUUCUGCCUCGAUGCAAAGUUCAACUUUGACAAUUCGGCCAAGUUUCGACAGCGGGAGCUUUUUGCUUUGGAGGAGCUGGAGCCCGGUGAGGAGGAUGAGUACCAGGCGGCUCAGCUGGGUCUUUCUUAUGUGAGACUCGAGGGGAAUAUUGGGAAUGUUGUUAAUGGGGCUGGUCUUGCGAUGGCGACUAAUGAUCUCGUUACCCUUUGUGGUGGGAAGUGUGCUAAUUUUUUGGAUGUUGGUGGUGGAGCGACGAAGGAGACUUUGUCCAAGGCUUUUGAUAUACUUCAACGGGAUACGCGGAUAAAGGGAAUACUUGUCAAUAUUUAUGGUGGAAUCGUUCGCUGCGAUAUGAUUGCCGAAUCUAUAGUUUCUGCGGCCAGUGCUAUUGGAGGCUUCAAGGUGCCGGUGGUUGUCCGGCUUCAGGGAACAAAUAGCGAGAAGGGAUUGAAAUUGAUUCAAGACUCCGGCUUGGAUAAUCUUGUUGUGGAGGCGGACUUUGAUCAAGCAGCUGAAAAGAUUGUCAAACUCACCGAAACUUCAUGA